AUGAGUAAACACACGACCGAGUCGUUCGAGCCGGGCUACACCACGAUUGGUGAUGAAUACGACAAGAGUAAAAUUCUAAAGGAGCAACGAUUAAAGGACGGCCGUACCGUUGGUAAACAAUUUGUAACCUCUCCCACAAAGAGAGGUAAAGUCGGAAAGGGAAUAACUUUCGGAGAUUUCAAGUCGCUCUAUGAUGGAGAUCCAUUCGAAGAUCCAGGAACAAAUGAAAGAAAAUACAAGAAGGAGAAUGAACUAAAGGCACAAAAGAUACACAAGACUCCAUUCAAGCCAAGCUCUCCUCCAAAGAAGUCUGUCGGUCUAGGCACCUACUAUGGAACCAUUGGAGGUGUUUAUCCUCACGAACAAGAAUACGACACUCUCCAAAAAGGAGAGAAGCCACAACCGGUUAAGGAACAAAAGAGACCCAUCUACACCAGUCCUCCAAAGAGAGGUACCUAUGGAUAUUUGGGCGUAACCAUUUCAAAAGGGACUGAAUACAAGUACGAAAGCGACCCUUUCGAUCAUUCUCUUGAAAAGAAAAAAGAGAAGGAGGAAGAAAAACAAAAACAAGUGAGCAAGAAGGCAUUCAUUUCUUCCUCUCACCAUUUAGAUUAUUUUGACACUCAUAAGAAUGUGGCUGCUCCAAAGAUUCUUGGUACUGAUGAAAAAGUUGAAGAGAUGUUGAAAAAGACAAUGGAAAAGGAAUCUGCUUCUCCAAAGAAGGAUUCAGAAGAAAGUAAGAAAAAACCUUUCUAUCCUUCUCCUGUAAAACAAAGAAGUGAUUUCCCUGCGUAUAUGGAGGAUCCUUACGACAAGAGAGUGCUUACCAAGAAAGACGAAAAGGAACAAAAGAAGCCAGUUUUUAAGCCCAUGAGCUGCGGUACCAAGAGUUACCCCACUCGAUCAAUUUUGUUCGGAUCUUCUGUGAAUAUGUCAAAUACAUUUUAA